AUGAGUUUGACCUCGCGCGUGUUCAAUCUCUUUUCGACGACAGAGAUCUCGAAUUCAGAGUCGCCGGCGCCGAAUGCCAAUGCCAGCCAUGUCUAUCAGAAUACCGGUUCGAUAAGGUCGGACCGCGGCGCUCAUGCUCAGAAUGCUUCGAGGGGUUCGGUGUUGGAGGAUGAGGAGGAGGAACCUCGUCCUCCGUAUCUACAUGCUAUGAUAGCAGGCGGUACAGGAGGAACAUGUGGAGAUAUGCUCAUGCACUCGCUCGACACAGUCAAGACCCGACAGCAAGGCGACCCGAGUUUCCCUCCCAAAUACACAUCCAUGACUUCGUCGUACUCGACCAUCUACCGACAAGAAGGUGUUCUGCGUGGACUUUAUGGUGGUGCUAUUCCGGCUCUUUAUGGGUCUUUCCCCGGAACGGUGAUUUUCUUUGGUGUUUAUGAGUUUACCAAGCGCCGGUUGUUGGAUGCGGGGAUUAAUCCCAAUCUUGCGUAUUUGUCUGGUGGUUUCUUUGCCGAUUUGGCUGCAUCGAUUGUCUACGUUCCGUCUGAGGUUUUGAAGACGCGGUUGCAGCUCCAGGGACGGUAUAAUAAUCCUCAUUUCAAUUCCGGAUAUAAUUACCGUUCCACCAGCGAUGCCUUGCGUACCAUCGUUCGACAGGAGGGAUUUCCCGCCUUGUUUUACGGCUACAGAGCUACCAUCUACCGAGACCUUCCCUUCUCCGCUUUGCAAUUCGCUUUCUAUGAACAAGAGCGACGGAUAGCCAAGGAAUGGGUGGGAUCUAGAGAUAUUGGACUUGGUCUAGAGAUUCUGACUGCCGCGACCGCCGGUGGUAUGGCGGGUGUGAUGACCUGUCCUAUGGACGUUGUCAAGACCAGAAUCCAAACGCAACAGAAUCCGCCCGAAUCCACAAGCUCUUCGAAACCCGCGACCGAAAAUGCGCACCCUAAGGAGGGUUCCCGCCAGCACCCGUCAUCUCAACAUACCUCGAGCCUUCGGGCACACUCGCGGCCUAUUUCUACCGGUGGAGCGUCGACAUCAGUGUCUCCUCCUGGGGCCCCGCGUCUCGAUACCUCGUCAUUCUUUACCGGUCUGAAGAUGAUCUACCAAAGAGAAGGCCUCGGGGGGUGGUUCCGUGGAGUGGGACCCCGAGGUGUUUGGACCAGCAUCCAGAGCGGGACAAUGCUGGUCAUGUAUCAAUAUCUGCUGAAAAAGCUGGAGGCAUACCAAGGCGUGGAGGAACCGAUUCCUCUGUGA